AGUGGAGGAUGUGUCUGGGAUGCUCUAACAAAAUGCUGGACCUGCCCCAACACAAACAAGUACAUCAGGUUCAUCAAACGACAUGCUCUGCACUCUCUCAGUAGCUGUAGGAGUGUUACGGCUCUGAGCUAUUGGCCUCCUUACACCAAGCGUAGAUGUGGCAGUAGUGAUCCAGGACCAGGAAUUCUGGAAUAUGAAUAUAAUGGGUUCUGUGACAUCCAACCGGUGACAAAGAUGGGUUGUGAAAAGAUGGGCUCGUUGGACUUCAGGAUAAGCUCCUGGCACCUGGUCUUUUUUUGCAUCCUUUUUCAUAAUAUGGGACCGGUGGCAGCGCAGACAUGCCAGCUAGUUACCGAAUCAGAAGCACUAACAUUUGAUAAGGUGGGAAGUACACAGAAUAUAUCUAUGGUGAGAAGACAUUCUGAUGCUCUGGAUCCUCUUUAUAACAUGCAGAGGAUGUUUCUGAAUGCCGUCCAGCCAAACCCCUUUCCAAAAGAGUUGCUGCGUGCUCUUUUCAGAAAUUCCUCUCUAUUGGAAACGGCUGAAGUAGUAAAAUAUGAAGCUGGAUAUGUGACCUGUGCCGUCAUUGCAAUUCUAUUUGUCAUCUUUGCUCUGGUAUUCGGAAUCAUUUUCUGUACAUUCCGUUAUCGGGGGAGAAAAAUCCUGCCGUGUGAAGGAGCUCUCUGUGCACCGACUCCAAUCUUCAUGGUCCUACUCUUUACACUCUGCUGCUUGAUUGCUGGGUUGGUCUGCACUUUCUAUAUGAACCAGAAGGCACACGAUGAAGUGAGUUAUGGAGUUCAGGACUUAUCAAGAACCCUGCAAGAUUUCAGACAGUCUGUGAGCAGCAUCCCUCAGUCCAUUACAAAGGUGGUUGCUGAAUUUGAAGUUCCUAAAGCAAAAGUUUUUGCUGAUUUAGAGAGUUUUAGUCCCAGCAUCAAUCGCACUGUGAAUGAUAAGAUCAAUAAUGAGAUUCGCCCGCUACUUGAAGACGCACUACAGACAGCAAAAGACUUGGAAGCUGCAGCACAGAUACUGCUAAGUGUUAACAAGACUCUGGCUGACAUGCAAACGAGGCAGAAGAACCUGGACACAAGGCUUGUCGGCCUCCGAGAGGCUCUACUAGGAGUGCUAUCAGACCAGAACUGUGAGAACUGUGCAGAGGCCCUCAACAUUGUCCAGGGUAUUCAGCUGGGGCAAAUCCAGAUUCCCUCACUAGCUAAAGUUUCAAGUAAACUAAAUAGUUUUAAGAAGAUAAACCUACUUGGAAUCUUUGAAAAGGCACUUCAAGCUCUGAACAACGUGCCAAAUUUCGUGAACACACAGACUUCCAAAAGUAUGAGUGAUGUUGCUGCUGCUUUGAAUAAAACAGAGGCAGAAAUUCGUUCGUAUGCAUCCACUUUGCCCAUAAAUCAGUAUAUCGGUCCUAUAAAUGUAGCUUUGCUUACCUUUGAGGAGAAGGCUGAAUUGUAUGGAGAGGAAGUAGAGCGCUAUGAAUAUUAUAGGUGGAUAGUUGGAGUUGUUCUGUGUUGUAUCCUCCUCCUGAUAGUUGCUUGCACAGCACUGGGGUUGAUCUUUGGAGUCUGGGGCCUCUACAUACUGCGUAACCCAGACAGCAGUCGGCGAAGACGGAGGGAUGGAGCUGGCUUUCUUUUAAUCCAAGUGUAUCUGACCUUCAUAUUCUCCUGGUUACUGAUCCUCUUCGUGUUCCUCACUUUCGUGAUUGGAGGAAACAUACAAACCCUUGUGUGUAAACACUGGGUGAAUGGGGAUAUCUAUAAGUUUCUGGAUGACCCUAAAAAUCUGCCGAAUAAUAUCAACUUGCGAAAAAACCUUGGACUCAGAGAAAAUUCCAGCUUUACAGAUAUGUAUACCCAGUGCAAGAGAGGUUCUCCAAUUUGGGAUAUCCUUGAGUUUAGCAGCCCUAUUGACUUGGACAGUUCUUUCAACAUUUCCGAGUACACAUCGGAUCUCGAGGAAAAGAUUGACAACUUCACUUUGAAUCUAGGUCCACUGAACUUAAUGUCCACUAUAGCCACAAAGGUUCUACAAGAGUAUAACAAGAGUGGUGUGGAUGACAUACCCUUCAACAACACCCUGCAACAGAUUCAAGCAACUCUGGUGACUCUACAAAAUGCAAAAGGGUUUGUUCCAAUGCUGGAAAUUCUUUCUUUAAUGCAGAGUAAUGCGACAAUAAGAAAUCAGUUGGAAAAGGAAACAGAGACUCUACAAAAUAUAUUGAACACUGACGUGCGAGAUCAAGAGGCUGCUCUGCGGGGGUUGAAUGGCAGUCUCUCCACCAUGGCUUCACUAGUACCUACGCUUAAAGUCGGUAUUCAACGUACAAUACAAGACAUCAACUUGCUAAAUGGACCUUUGGUGGACGACUUUGUUAAGAUGAUGAGAAAUGAAAGCAAAUGUCUUCUCCGUCAAGCUAAAAGAUACUUUUCUCAGUACAUUGACUGGGCGAAAAUGACAAUUACACAGGACAUUGCCUCCUGCCGCUCAGUGCCUGCAACACUUGACAAUGCCCGUGUGAUUGUCUGCGAUAAUGUGGCCCACCCCUGGAAUGGCUUUUGGUUCUGCCUUGGUUGGUGCACCAUCCUCCUUAUCCCUAACAUCUUCCUGAGCAUCAAGUCAAUGCAGCAUAUUGCACCCAAGUCUCGAGGCCUCAAACCUGAAGAGGAGAAUCUCUUCCCACUAACACAAAGUAAAGAUGAAGAAGAUGAACAUUCUGGUCUCAGGGAAAAAAAAUCGCCACACAUGGAUGUGAAAGUGACCAGUCACAACACUGUAUACUAAACCUUCAAAAGCUUCCCCAAGUGGUGCCUAAAGAUGGACUCAAUGCAUUUUCUUUAUAUGUGAAAUACCUACUGAGGAGAACAAUCCUGCUAUGUGAAUGUAAAAUAUAUCAUAUCUGGGAAAGGCUAUAGUAAAAAAUCUCAUAUAAGGCCUCUUGCACACAGAUGCCUAAAAAUGCCAAAUUUUUUAGGCAUUCAAGCUUUUUUUAUA